GCCCGUCCGGAAGAGGCAGCGUCGCCCGCCUCCCGGCCGAGUGCUAGGCCCGCAACCCUGCGGCGGCUACCCUCCUGCGGCGCGGCCCCUCAUCCUGGCGAACGCGACGGCGGCGGCGGCGGCGGCGCGGGCCAUGGAUUAAGGCGGCGGCGGCGUGGGAGGAGGAAGAUGGCGGCUGGCAAGAGCGACGGCAGCGCCGGGGAGAUUACUUUUCUGGAAGCUUUGGCUAGAUCAGAAUGUAAAAGAGAUGGAGGUUUUAAAAAUAAUUGGAGCUUUGAUCAUGGAGAAGAAAGUGAAGGAGAUACAGAUAAAGAUGAGGCAAAUCUACUCAGUGUAGAUGAAGAUGAGGAUUCUGAAACCUCCAAAAGGAAAAAGUUAAAUCGUCAAUCUGAAAUUGUUGCUACUAGUUCUGUUGAUCCCUGGAAGACAUGUGCAAGACGAAACAAGAUUGAAAGUUUAAAACCUUUGAAAGGCAACGCAAUUGGACUUAACAUGUUGAGCAACAAUAAGAAAUUGAGUGAAAAUACACAAAAUUCAUCAUUAUGUUCUGGAACUGUAAGACGUUUUCCUCAUGCUAAUGCACAGAUAGCAAUAGUAAAAACAGCAGCCCAAAGCAGUCUGGACCAAAAGGAAAGGAAAGAAUACCCACCUCAUGUCCAAAAAUUUGAAAGUAACCCUGUAAGGUUAAGUCGGCCCCAAGGUGUUGAUCGUAUAAUGAAAAAAACAGAAGAGUCUGAAUCACACCUGGAGUCUGAAAUUAAAAGGAAAGUUGCACAGAAACGUCACAGUAGUACAUAUCAGUCUACCCCACCUUCUCCGUCUCCUGCUUCCAAAAAAUGUUUAACUGAUUUAGAGGUUUCUAAACAGUGUGGAUAUUGUCCAAAAUGUGGGAAAGAAAAAGAAAAUCAGACCAAAUGCCAAAGUUGUGGUAUUCAUUUUCCUAAGGAUUUGCAGAGAAAUUGCAGACAAGCUGUAACUUUGAAUGACUCUGCUGGAUUAUCAUUAAGAACAUCAAUUCAUCAGAAUUCUGGAGGACAGAAGUUACAAAACACAAUAUUACCAGCCAAGAAGUUUUAUGGCAACAGUGUCGAAGAGAUUCCAAUUGAUCUUAUUGUGAAUUGUGAUGAGAGGAGACAGAAUUGUUUACAUACUAAUGGGAAAGUCAUUUUAUCUAGGGCAAAAGUAGCCAAAAUCACAAACCUGAAAGAAAGGAAAACAAGCCUGUCAGACCUAAAUGAUCCAAUCAUUUUGUCCAGUGAUGAUGAUGAUGAUGAUGACAAUGACAGGACUAACAGAAGAGAAAGCGUCUCUCCUCAACCUGCUGAUUCAGCAUGUUCUUCCCCAGCACCAUCCACUGAAAAAGUAGAAGCAGCACUAAAUGAAAACACUUGUAGAAUAGAGCAUGAACUAAGAAGCAUUCCAGCAGAUUCAGAAUUAAAUACAGUUACAUUGCCAAGAAAAGCAAGAAUGAAAGACCAGUUUGGUAAUUCUAUUAUCACCACACCUCUAAAACGUCGCAAAGUGAUUUCUCAAGACACUUUAGUUGAUCCUGUAUCGUUAAGCUGCCAAAGCUCCUCUGAUACCGUAGUUUUAAACUGUCGAAGUAUACGAGUAGGAACACUCUUCCGACUAUUAAUAGAACCUGUAAUUUUUUGUUUAGAUUCUAUCAAGAUACAGCUAGAAGAACCAGAAAAUGAUCCUGUAGGGAUUACUUUAAAUACCUCUGAUCUAACAAAAUGUGAAUGGUGUAAUGUCCGAAAAUUACCAAUAGUGUUUCUUCAGACUACACCGGCAGUUUAUCAGAAGCUGAGCAUGCAACUGCAGAUGAACAUGGAGGAUAAAGUUUGGAAUGACUGUAAAGGAGUAAAUAAGUUAACAAAUUUGGAAGAACAAUACAUAAUUCUAAUUUUUCAAAAUGGCCUUGAUCCUCAGGCAAAUAUGCUAUUUGAAAAUAUUAUUACUGACAUUGGUAUAAAGAAUAAUGUGUCAAAUUUUUUUGUGAAAAUUCCCUUUGAUGAAGCCAAUAGCAGACUUGUCGCCUGUACAAGAACCUAUGAAGAGAGCAUCAAAGGAAGUUGUGUGCAAAAAGAAAACAAAAUUAAAAAUGUGGCCCUUGAAUCUAAAAUACAACUUAAAAACAAACAAGAAUUCCAAUUUUUUGAUGAUGAGGAAGAAACUGGAGAGAGCCAUACCAUCUUCAUGGGUCCUGUAGAAAAAUUGAUAGUAUAUCCACCACCUCCAGCUAAGGGAGGCAUCUCCGUUACUAAUGAGGACCUGCAUUGUCUAAGUGAAGGAGAAUUUUUAAAUGAUGUUAUUAUAGACUUUUAUUUGAAGUAUUUGGUGCUUGAAAAAUUGAAGAAAGAAGAAGCUGACCGAAUUCAUAUAUUCAGUUCUUUUUUCUAUAAACGCCUUAAUCAAAGGGAGAGGAGAAAUCUUCAUGAAACAACUAAUCUAUCAAUACAGCAGAAGCGACAUGGAAGAGUAAAAACAUGGACCCGGCAUGUAGAUAUUUUUGAGAAGGAUUUUAUUUUUGUACCCCUUAAUGAAGCUGCACACUGGUUUUUGGCCGUUGUUUGUUUCCCUGGUUUGGAAAAACCAAAGUAUGAACCUAAUCCUCAUUACCAUGAAAAUACAGUCACGCAAAAAAGUUCACCUGUAGAGGACAGUUGUAUUUCUUCUCCUUCAGCCAGUGAAAUGGACAAUUGUUCACAAAACUCUGCUGCCAAGCCUGUAAUUAAGAAGAUGCUAAACAGAAAGCAUUGCAUAGCUGUAAUUGAUUCAAAUAAUGAACAGGAAGAAAGUGACCCUCGUUAUCGGAGAAACAUAAGCAGUGUGAAAUGUAGUCUGAAAAAAAUAAAUCAUACUGCAAGUGAAAAUGAAGAAUUCAAUAAAGGAGAACCCGCAUGCCAGCAAUUUGUUGAUAGGACUGAAAGUGAGGAUGGCCUACAGAAUGAAUAUUUAAGUUCUAUGCACCAUACAGAUGGUUUAAGCAAAAUAAGACUAAACUACAGUGAUGAAUCAGCUGAAGGUAGUAAAAUGCUUGAAGAUGAAUUCGUCGACUUCUCAGAAGAUCAGGAUAACCAGGAUGAUAGCAGUGAUGAUGGACUCCUUGCUGAUGACAACUGCAGUUCAGAAAUAGGACAGUGGCAUUUAAAGCCUACUAUCUGUAAACAACCUUGUAUCCUACUGAUGGACUCACUCAGAGGCCCUUCUCGGUCAAAUGUUGUCAAAAUUCUAAGAGAGUAUUUAGAGGUGGAAUGGGAAGUUAAAAAAGGAAGCAAAAGAAGUUUUUCCAAAGAUGUUAUGAAAGGCUCUAAUCCAAAAGUACCGCAGCAAAACAACUUCAGUGACUGUGGCGUAUAUGUAUUGCAGUAUGUAGAGAGCUUUUUUGAGAAUCCAAUUCUCAAUUUUGAAUUACCAAUGAAUCUGGCAAACUGGUUUCCUCCCCCAAGAAUGAGAACAAAAAGAGAAGAAAUCCGAAACAUAAUUCUGAAGCUACAGGAAGAUCAGAGCAAAGAGAAGAAGAAGCAUAAGGACACUUACUCAACAGAAACGUCUUUAGGUGAAGGAGCAGAACAGUGCGUCAAUAGCAUCUCAGAUUGACUGUUUCCGAUGCUUGUCAGUAUUGUCUUCAGAACUGAGUGACUUUCAACUUUGGGUAUAGACAGUAAAGAACUGAAAUGCUCACUACUCAGAGUGAUUUGGAAAUGUUAAUGAUUGUAUAAAUGUCAUAUAAUUAAUUUCCAAUGGAGUAUGUAUUAAGUAAAAGUCUGUAAAUAUGUUAAUGAGGCCAAUUUUUCCAGCAUUUAUAAUUAUUUUUUUCACUUGUUAGGAAGCUUUUGUUAUGUAUUUUCUGUUAAUAGUACUUAAAACUGCAACUUCUAAACACAAAUAAAUAAAAAGAAAAUAUUUAUAGGAGGAAAUGA